AUGCCCUUUUCUAAUUCGGCCUGGUCUCCCACCAUGAAUGCCGCCGCACAACCGCGCCCGGUGCUCCCUUCCCAUAAUUCUAUUGCCAGCUUCCGGAACACUCUCACGUGGUUCAUUCUCGUCACGUGCAUCCUCUACAUUCUCUAUUCUUCCAACCUCAUCCUCACCGCUCACCACAGUUGUCCCACCUCGACUGCUACUGCCACCACCGCCACCGAUCAAGUUGUGGUUGAUAAUGACGAUCUCAAUUCACUAUCCUCCAACUUUUCCUCCACGUCCGGCCAGGCCGAAACAUUUCUAUUGGAUGAACGUCAACUGGAAAAGACAAACGACGUUAAUUACUUAGUACGACCGGAAAACAAAAACGACGCGACGCCCACCGAGCUAAAGCAUGUCGUUUUCGGGAUCGCGGCAUCGUCGAAGCUGUGGAACAAGCGGAAAGAAUACAUUAAGGUGUGGUGGCGACCUAAGGAGACGAGAGGUGUGGUUUGGAUGGAUAAGAAGGUGAGGACGAGCUGGCGGGACCAGGCGGUGCUCCCGGAGAUCCGAAUCUCCGGUGACACGUCACGGUUCAAGUACACGAACCGGCAGGGUCAGAGGUCGGCGGUGAGGAUAUCUAGGGUGGUAUCGGAGACCCUGAGGAUGGGGCUGAAGGACGUGAGGUGGUUCGUCAUGGGGGACGAUGACACGAUUUUUAUCGUUGAAAAUUUGGUAAGGGUUUUGUCAAAAUACGACCACAGGCAGUUUUAUUACGUAGGCAGUUCGUCGGAAAGCCACGUACAGAACAUAUACUUUUCUUAUGGUAUGGCGUACGGGGGUGGUGGAUUCGCAAUAAGUUAUCCAUUGGCUGUAGAGUUGGAGAAGAUGCAGGACCGGUGUAUUCAGCGUUACCCUGGCUUGUACGGCAGUGAUGAUCGCAUGCAGGCUUGCAUGGCUGAGCUUGGUGUACCUCUUACUAAGGAACCUGGUUUUCAUCAGUAUGAUGUGUACGGAGAUCUAUUAGGCCUUCUGGGAGCUCAUCCAGUAACACCACUGCUAUCGCUCCACCACAUCGACGUUGUGGAGCCAAUAUUCCCACGCACCACACGCGUGAAAGCACUCCAACAGCUAUUCCAAUCGGUGAAGCUGGACUCGGCCAGCAUAAUGCAGCAAUCAAUCUGCUACGACAAGCGUCGAUCCUGGUCCAUCUCCAUUUCGUGGGGCUACGUUGUUCAAAUCAUUAGGGGAGUCCUCUCCCCUAGAGAGCUCGAGAUGCCCACCAGGACUUUUCUCAAUUGGUACCCUAGAGCUGAUUACACUGCUUAUGCUUUCAACACUAGGCCUGUCACCAAACACCCUUGCCAGAAGCCCUACGUUUUUUACAUGAACUCUGUUCGAUAUGAUCGCUCCAAAAGAGACAUGGUUGGUCUUUAUAGUAGGGAUCGUAGGUCUCGCCACCCUUAUUGCCGGUGGAAGAUGGAGUCUCCGGAGAAGAUCGACUCCAUUGUUGUAUUGAAAAGGCCCGAUGCUCAACGUUGGCAAAAGUCACCAAGGAGGGAUUGUUGUAAAGUUCUACCAUCGACUAAGAAGUCAACAAUGUACUUAUGGGUAGGAAGUUGUCGAGGAGGAGAGAUUAGUGAAUUGUAG